CUAAACAAACUAUUUUAAUACAACUCUAUAGUUGACCAGUGUUGAACAUCGUUUUACCGGUUUUCUUUUCUACUUCGCGUUAGUUUAAUUUUUAAACUUUAUCAAAUUCGACGUAGUUCUUUGUUGUGAAAAUAUAUUUUUAUUAUUCUGCUAGUGGGUGCAUCAGCAAUGAAAAACGCAAUUCAUGUUGCCCUAUUCGGCCUCAUAGCUUUAUCACUUUUUAAGGAGGGCGAUGCAAAAAAAUUGAAGUUUGCAAGAAGUUUUAUAAAUCCAUAUCCCCGAUUCCAGGAAUAUAGUGAUGGAGGCGAUCCUGGUGAACCACUUUAUCUAACUCCACUUAUACAUGAUCCAAAAAUACCCAACGACCAAGUUCGGCAAAAAGCAGCAGUCGUUGGCAGUCAAUUCCACAAAGUGGAAAGCUACUCCGGUUAUUUAACAGUGGAUGCGGCACGCAAAUCAAAUAUGUUCUUUUGGUAUUUCCCCGCAGAGGAAUAUCCUGAUUAUGCUCCCGUAGUUUUAUGGUUGCAAGGAGGACCGGGUGCAUCUUCGUUAUUUGGUUUAUUUGUAGAAAAUGGACCCUUUGAGUUUGACUCACACGGACAUCUACAAAAACGCAAUUAUACUUGGAGUCGCUCGCAUAAUCUUAUUUAUAUUGAUAAUCCCGUUGGGACCGGUUUUAGCUUUACAGGCAGCGAUGAUGGCUACGCUCGCAAUGAAAAAGAUGUCGGACGUAACCUACACGAGGCCGUAAUGCAGUUAUACGAACUUUUUGAGUGGUCAAAUUCUACUGGCUUUUGGAUAACGGGUGAAUCUUAUGCAGGGAAAUAUGUACCAGCACUGGCUUAUCAUAUUCACUUGAUGCAAAAUGCAGUGGACACGCGCGUUUAUAUCCCGCUAAAAGGUUUAGCCAUUGGUAAUGGACUCUCUGAUCCUUUGCAUCAACUCAAAUAUGGUGAUUACUUAUAUCAGUUGGGUUUAAUCGAUGAUCACGGUUUGAACCGCUUCCAUAUUGAGGAAGAGAAAGGUAAAAAAUGUAUAGAACAACACGACAUGGAUUGUGCCUUUGAGGUAUUUGAUGGUCUUAUCAAUGGUGACCUUACCAAUGGAUCUGUUUUUCAUAACCUUACUGGAUAUAACUAUUACUACAACUAUUUAAAAACUGACAGCGACUUGCCGAAUGAUCUGCUUGGAAACUUUAUUCAGUCGUCAGCAACACGCCGAGCCAUUCACGUAGGCAAUAAGACAUUCCAUGAUUUAGAUAAAGAAAAUAAAGUGGAGAAGUUUUUAAAAAAAGAUGUAAUGGACACGGUAGCACCAUGGAUAGCAGAACUUUUAAAGGACUAUAUUGUUUGUAUUUAUAGUGGACAGCUUGAUAUAAUUGUGGCAUAUCCUUUGACACGUAAUUACUUGAUGCACCUUAAGUUCGCAGAUGCCGAUAAAUACAAAAUUGCAGACCGCAAAGUCUGGCAGGUGGACGGCGAAAUUGCAGGAUAUGCCAAACAUGCCGGUCAUUUGAUUGAAAUAUUGGUGCGCAAUGCUGGGCAUAUGGCACCUGGUGAUCAACCGAAGUGGCUGGAAUGGAUGAUUCAUCAUUUAACGCACUACAAAAAAGUAGUAUAAAUUUUUAUAAUGGGUGCUCACAAAUUCGCACAUAAAUACUUAUAAAUAUUUUUUAAAAAUUAUAAAAUAAUUAUUUUAUAACUUUAUUCAUCCAAAGAAUUUGAAUUGUUAACAAUAUUAAAUAAUAAAGAAAGAUUAACCAAAA